GCUGUGCGAUUUUUACAAAGUGAUUAUUUCCCUCAUGUCAGCUGACAGAUCAAAUCAAAACCAAAACAAUUCCGGGUUUGAUCCUUUUAUUGAUGAAUAAUAUGGUAGACAACAGAAAAUGAUUGAAAUAUAGAUGAAAUGCCGUAACUGGUACAAGGAGGAUCAAGUGGAAAGAUGGCAACAAAUCGUGACAGAAACCCGAGCCCUAUCCCAGAAUCAAACAGCAAAAGAACAGAACUUAAAGAACAUGAGCCACUGACUAGCAUUCUAGAACACAUCCCACUCAAGGUACAACGAGGACUGCAGAUGCAGUAUGAGGACCUGGAGCUGACAGCAAUUGAUGUCAAUGCAAGUUUCAUGGUUUUCGGUACCAAUGUGAGAACAGUGUUCCUGUUUGACAGGCAUAAACAUGAAAUGCAGAGGCUCAAAGCGGAGGACAGCAAUGCCAGUGUGUCCAGCGUGGCAUUGCAUCACGGCUUAGAUGACCUAGUUGCUGUGGGGUACAGCUCUGGAACUGUCUACAUCUUCCAGCUACCCAGCAUGCUCAUUGGACACAGCAAAAAGUUGGAGCGGUUCAUAGUGAGCGACAUCCACACAUCACCAAUCAAGUGUCUGGCCUGGAGCAUGAAUGGUAUGAGGCUGUUCACUGGAGAUACCAAGGGCUGUGUGGGAAUCACCGAUGUUGACUUCUAUGAGGGCAAGUGUGUGAGCCGUGUGUUGCUGAUCGAGGCAGAUACAGAGAUUGUCCAGCUACACCAUGGUCAUCGGUCACUUCUGAUAUCCACCCGACAUCGCUGCAUUGUCUGCCGGAUGGACAGCAAGGACAGUAUUACACAGAUAGGGUCAAAGGACAGGAAAAUACAAGGGGAUUAUGGUGGAUGUUUCAUCCCGGCAAUGUGUAAGGUGGAGGAUGCUAAGCUGUACGCCACACGGCCUGGCCUCCGUGUGUGGAAGGCCUCCAUCUCAGGCACUGUUGUGAACACUUACAUCUUCAAAGAGCUCCUAGCCGCUCCCCACCCACAGAUCCCUCUCCUAGACUUCAAAGUCACCAACAUUGUACGGCCCCCUACGGUGUCACAGUUUGGUCCUCUGCUGCUGUUCAGGGACAGAGAUCUGGUCACCUGGAAUGAAACAACCCUGUAUGUGCUCAACUCUGACAGCCUGGAGGUCGUCGCCUCCCAGACCAAUAUGGGGCUUAUCAGGGGUGUGGUUGUCACCGAGGGCGAGAUAUUUGUUCUCAGGCAUGGCACCAGCAGGAAUGUUGUUAGGAUUGCUGAGUCCCCAAUGGAAGUACACAGAUCUCACCUGAUGAAACUACUACAAGGUAAUAGGACAGAUAUAUCGAAACAUGUAGAAAAUGAUAAUAAUCAAACAGCCAAAACUGAAAAAUCAAACCACUCACCUUUGAAAAACUUUCAAGGACAUAUUCUAGACAAAGUGAAGCAUAUAGGCAAACCAUCUGUGAUAAAAGACAAAAAUCAAGAAAAAUUGCUCAGUAAUGCAACAAGUGAUCUACAGAAGCCAGUAUUGACACAAGUGACAUCAAAUCCAAGUCAGAGUGAUACCAGUGCAAUGAGGGAUAUGUCUUCCCCAGAACUACUUCCCCCUGUGGUGAAACUGAACUCUCCGGACUUCCUUAAGAUAGAAGUCAAUAUUGAGGGACUACCGAGUCCUGUACAGACACCAACUGCAGAGACAGCAAUAGGCCAGGCAAGCAGUAGUGACACAAAAACUCAUUCCAAUCAACCAUCUGAGUCAGUACCUGAUGAGACAUCUGUGAUGGGUCAACGUGAAGGUGGGAGUCCAAUUCAAAUGUCUCGUCAUCUAGAAAAGAGAUUUGUAGAAGGAGAUAAGGAGACCAGGAUACUUGACAGGGUUAUGGUCCAUGGAGAGGAAGAUGAUGGAGAUAUUGUGUUCAAUAGAAAACUUAAGAUUAAACACAAGAAGAAAAAAAGAGUUUCCAAGGAGAGGCAGGCUACAGAGGGAGACUCAGUGUCUAUCCACAGCACCACAAGUGUAAACAGUGCGGAAGAUGUCGACAACAACUCAUCGAACAUGCCACAAGGGCCAGAAGUGAAGCCAGCACACUCCACAGAAUUACCACAGGCGCCUGUCAAUAUUGCUACAGAUACACAUGUAACACAGGGACCUACAGAAGAACCAGUUGAACCAGUUGUGUCUCAAACUGUUCUUGAAAAGAAGGUAACAUCAGAUAGUGAAAGUAAAAUUAGCACUGAACAGUCAGAGGAUACUCAAACAAGCAAAUUGUCCAGCACAAACAAAAACGUGUCAGAUAAAAAUAGUGAUACAACUGUCUGUGAUAUAAGUGAAGAUAAUCAAAAUAUUGUGCCAAAAGAUGAUAAAACUGUUGAACCUGAUUCUGUAACAACAGCGUCUGUUUCUUGUCAUGCUUUGGAAAACAGGAUGAAAAGUGAUACAUGUGUAAGCGAAAAUGAGCAAGAUAAGUCUGAAAAGCCAGAAAAUGUUCCUGAUCUUAUUCCAAAGACAGCAGAAAAACCACUGAGCACUGACAUUGAUAGCAUAGAAAGUCAUACAAGGACUCCGGAUGUUUUGUCUUUUCAGCGAAGACAAAAAUUUAGCCUUGAUUUAGAAAUUUCUCGCCUCAACAGUUACUUGAGUGAGCCAGGAAGCAGUCAAGCCACUGACAUUGAGAACUCCUUGUCAUUCUCUGGCCAGACACAAGCUGAUUCAAUUUUGCUUUCCACUGGGAGAAGAAAAGAGGUGAAAAGUAUUGGCAUGGGUCAAGCAACACUUGUUGAGGACAGAAUUGACGGUUAUGAGCCAAGUAAGCUGGAGAAAGCUAUUGCUGAGUUGGAAAAGGUCUCUGAGGAACCAGUUAAUUCUGAAACUAAUGCUUUGGAUUCUGUAGAGACAGAUAAGUCAUCCCUUACCUCACGAGUCAGCCCUAAGUCUCCCUCUAUUUACUCUAUAUAUGGCAAACCUGAGACCAGUGACUCCACCCCAGAUGACUUCUACUCCAAAUAUAGACCAACUUCUCUCUCCUUCGUGAAUUCAUCUUUGUCCGAGCAGGCUGAAGGUCAGUCCCACAGGCUUCAACAUAACGCAGAGAGCUCAAACAGAAUUCAAUUUUCACCAAGAUUUCUUAGAGCUGUGAACAACUGGACAGAAAUAACUGCAAACGGUAACAUCUAUAGCCUGUCAGUGUCAGCAACUCAUGUGUGGAUUACAGACAGAAGCACAAACAUUUUCUACAGCUCUCUGACUGGUCCAGGCAUCGCAUGGAAGAAGCCUACAGGAAAUGCUAGCCAGAUCUCAGUAUCUCCAGAUGGAAACAUUGUGUGGGGCCUGUACAAAGGGACUGUUAGUGCGGGGACAAAAAUUACAGCCAAAAGACCAGAAGGUAUGAAGUGGGUGGAGGCUGUCAGAGAUGUUUCCUAUAUCUCUGUGGACGACACAUGUGCUUGGUACAUCAAGACAAACCACCAGGUAAUGGUACAGAUAGGUUUAUCAAAGGAGCGGCCGUGUUACAAGGGUGAGAUAGUUGACACUCCCCACCGCCUAAAGCAGAUUGUGUGUCGAGAGGGCGUCGUCUGGGCUCUCACGGAAAAGUGUCUCUGGCUCUACCGCAGUGGUAUCACCCAGGACCGACCCCAGGGAAAUGACUGGAAGACUGGAGACAGUUGCUUUGAUCGACUUGCUAGAUAUGGUAAGGAGAACCGGCUGUUCUGUGAGAUCGCCCUUGGAGAAGGGGACAUUGGCUUGGCCCUUGAUGUGUUGGGUCAGGUCUGGUUCGUCUCUGGGGUCACCAGGGACAAGCCCAAGGGAGACAAUCAAUGGUGGCAGGUUCCUUUAAACAGCGAGUACCUGAUGCAGGACUCGACAGCCCUGGACAUGCUGAAGUCAUUCUCCCGCAAGUUUGACCCCCAGCAGCUGACCACCCUGAUCACAUCACAGACAGGCGGCCUGCUGUCUGGCCAGGGUGGGGUCUGGGUGUGCCCCGAGUAUAAAAACGUUCUACACGUCUGCAGGGGCAGUGUCGAAGGUCAGCAGUGGAGAGAGGCACAUCCAGACAGUUUGGCCAUGUCUUCAUGGAAGCUGGUAGAGGCAAGCAAUGUGAUGCUGAAUAAUAGUCAUGUUUGGGCAAUGCAGCCAAAUGGGGACAUAUUUGCCUUCACCUCAGACGGCCAGAACUGCACGUGUAUCGAGGCCCCAAGGUCAGACCGGGACCCUCUAAACCCUGUGACUCUAGUGUGCUUGUCUGCUUGCACCCAGGCCAUCUGGGCACUGAACAGCGAGGGGCAGGUGUACAUACGGACAGGAGUAUCCACAACAGAACCCAGAGGCUCGGGCUGGGCAAAGCUGGAUCUUGCUCAGCUUGAUGAUAGCCAACUUGUGCAUGUGUCAUGUGCCAAUGAGACGGUCUGGGCAGUGGACAGUGAUGGGCGUGUGUUCCACCGUAUCGGGGUGCGAGCACCAUCAGAACUCUCCCUGAAUGCUGCCUGGCUCCCAGUGGACAACGGGGGAACGGUCUUCACACAGAUUGUCUCCGGCCAACAGGAUUGGAAGGUGUGGGCCCUAGACAACAGGAGACAGGUGUUUGUACGGGACAAGGUCACAGCCGAGAUGCCCAUAGGCAGGAAGUGGAUACACGUUUCAGGUAUGACAGCGAAGCAGAUCAGCAUGUCCAACAACUUUGUGUGGGCAUUGAACCAUGCCGGGGAGCUGCUGUGUCGCUAUGGUAUCACUCAGGACAACAUCACCGGAGAAUUCUGGAAGAAAAUACCAGGAAAUUUCUCUUAUAUAUCAGCCACCCCUACUGACACGGUGUGGGCUAUCACAAAGGAAGGUCAGCUGGUACGUCGGUUCACGCGCUACAUCAUGCGUACCUCUAAGGACCAGGAGGACAGUCCUCGGAAAGGGAGAACAGCCCGUGAUGCCAGUGUCUGCAGUGAUGAUGGAGACUGGGAGUUGGUGGACAUUUAGCUACAUCAUGCAUACUUCUAAUGACCAGGAGGACAGUCCUCGGAAAGGGAGAACAGCCCGUGAUGCCAGUGUCUGCAGUGAUGAUGGAGACUGGGAGUUGGUGGACAUUUAGCUACAUAAUGCAUACAUCUAAGGACACAGAGGACAAUCAUGGACUCAUAGAUUAAGCACUGACGACUGGGAGUUUGUGUAUAUUUUUCUUUUCCAUUAUUUUUUUAAAAACAAUAACACUUCAAACAUUGUAAACAUUUUCAGUAGAAGGAAGCAAUACAAUUCAAAACAUUUGUUUUUGUAUUAGAAUUAUAUACAAAUAUUCAAUCUAUAAAGUGCACUAACCACUAGCAAUUUACUCAGUUGCCAACAUUCGAAAGACUGGACAUUAAAACACAUCUAUCAUCUGGUCAUACUCUUGCUUUAGACAGUAUUCUUCAUUCAAUGUUUGCAUUUCUGGGUGUUUCAAAGAGUAGAAUUUUAUGAAUAAGGAUAUUAAUCAGUUAAGGUUGUGAUAUUUAUUUGUGUACCCGUCAUAAGAUGUGACAAAUUAUGGAUUUACCAGCCAUGAGCGAGCAGUAUCCUCGAAUUUGUGUACACUCUAACUCGAUAAGCUUUUGUCAUCACCAAACUUGAAUAAAAUGUGAAUGUGUAGAAAAUGCUCGCCAAGUUUGAUAACCAACGAUGUUGCCCAAGACAAUUCAGAGUAACGACCUUUUAAGUAACCAAAACUUUAUGUUAUCCCAAGUUGUAUCUCUAGAAACUUUUGUCUGUUAUCACCAAACUUGGACUAAAAGUGUAUGGGCAGAAUAUGGAUAACCAGGCAAUGUGGUUGCAAAUAUGAUGUUGUCAUUGUACUAUGCUUGCUUUAUAGCAUUUUGGAUUUUGAAAAUAAUGAAGUAUAAAAUGUGCAUGUAUGUGCUGUUCUGCCAGUGAUGAGAGUAGAUCAUGUUGUUAUAACAUGUUUCUCAACUGUUUGUAAAAACAUUUGUGUAAACUGAAAUUUAAUAUAUCUUGUGUAGUCAUUUUAUACAAUAUUAUUAUUAAGAUUAUUAUAUUUUACAGUCUAUUGAUGCUUCAUUGUUGUUGCAAUUUAAAUUGCUGUAUCAUUUUCUGUUAUGCAUAUAUAGGUAGCAUAUCAUACUAUGUUUAUGUAAGCAAACCAAAAUCAGCCUGCUCAGUAAUGUUAUUUGAAUAGCAUUAAUUUAUUCUAGUUUAAUAUCUUUUAUUACUGCUAUUUCUGCAUGUGUGCAAUGAUUCUUGGCUUAAUCCUUGACAAUAAAUAUGUACUGUUGUUCAAGUUUUUGAGUAAUAAAAUGUGAAAUGUCAA